GUUAAAGCUAAGAGCACUCAUCUUUGAAUUGGGCAGAACUAAGUUACAAAACCUCUUAGCGAGUGCUCUCAAAAUUUUCUUGGAUGGAAGAUUUGUGGGAAAAUUGGAUUUCUUCUUUGGAAAUGGGUGGUGACAAAUCUCUCUCUAUGGAUGAUGACAAGUUUCUCAUAGAGAAUGUUCAAGAACCAACUUUCCCUUUUGAGAAUGCAAAUAAUUCUCAAUUUUCAACCAUUGUUGAUAAUGUUUGUGUCACCACCACAAUUCAUGAGAAAAUGCUCAAUAAUAGUAAUAGUUCCAACUCUCGCAUUUCUCAAGAAUAUUAUGAUGCUACUAAUUCAAAACAAUUAGAACCUUCUCAAUUCAUUUUGUCUUUUGAAAACACAACUGUGGAACCUUCUCCUAAUAGUGCAACAUUUUUAUCUAUCAUGGAUAACAAUGUGAGUGAAUUACCAAAGGUAAAACAAAGAACCAAGAAUCAUAGAAGCUCUUCUGAAAUACAAGAACAUAUCAUAGCUGAAAGAAAAAGGAGAAAAAUUAUUAGUGAGAGGUUCAUAGCACUUGCUGCCAUCAUACCUGGAUUGAAGAAGACAGAUAAGGUCUACAUACUUGGGGAAGCAUUCAAUUAUGUAAAACAACUUCAAGAAAAAGUAAAAGAAUUAGAGGAUCAUCAAAACAAAAGGAAAAAUGAUGAUUCAAUAAUACUCAUCAAGAAAUAUCAAGGUUGCACAAUAGAGGAAAAAGGAAAUUCUUGUGAAGAGAAUAGUGAUGAGCAUAGAUAUUAUUAUUCCAAGCAAGAACUACCUAAGGUUGAAGCAAGAGUGAUAGAGAAGGAAAUUCUCAUUGAAAUCCAUUGUGAGAAACAAAAGGAUAUUUUGGUAAAAUUAAUGGCAUUGCUUCAAAAUCUUCAUCUAUCACUUGCUAGUAGUAGCGUAUUGCCAUUUGGAACUUCCACUCUAAAAGUUACAAUCGUUGCUCAGAUGGAUGAUGAUUUCUGCAUGAGCAUGGAUGAUCUAGUUAAAAACUUGAGGCAAUAUCUCUUGGAGUCACGUGACAAACAAAAUAAUAUUUCUUAGUGGGCCAAAUAAAAUUUCAAAUUAAUUGUUAUGUUAUCUUUGAAGUUUGUAGAAACUGUGUGAUUGGUAUUAAUUUGUUUGUUUGUAAUGGAAUGGACAAAUCUAUUUUGAAAGAUAGAGGUAGAUGAAGAUUAUGGUGUGAUUAAUGUGUGAUCUUAAUUAAGAUUUGGUAAG